AUGUCUGAAUUACCAGAAACCAUAGCUCUCAACACUGGGGCACAGAUUCCUCCUCUCGGAUUGGGUACGUGGCAAUCUAAGCCAGGUGAAGUGCGUGCGGCUGUUCGUUGUGCACUCGAAAACGGAUACCGUCACAUCGAUGCUGCAUACUGCUAUGGAAAUGAGGAGGAAGUUGGCCUAGGAAUUCGAGACACGCUCAAAACCGGGAAACUAAACCGAGAAGAUGUCUUUGUUACGACAAAACUCUGGUGCACCGAUCACACAACAGUCGAAGAGGGCCUGAACAAGAGCUUGAAUCUUCUUGGGCUCGAAUAUGUCGACCUAUAUCUGAUACAUUGGCCAGUGGCCAUGAAUCCGAACGGUAACCACGUAAAUUUCCCGACUCGCUCUGAUGGAUCCCGCGAUUUGUUACUUGAGAGAUCACAUGUUUCAACCUACAGAGAUAUGGAAAAGCUCCUUAAUACCGGAAAGGUCAAAGCUAUCGGUGUCGCAAACUACAGCGUCCGGUAUCUGAAGGAGCUUCUGUCUCAAACAUCAAUUAUACCGGCGGUGAAUCAAAUCGAGAACCAUGUUCUGUUACCACAACAGGAAAUUGUCGAUCUGUGCGAAGAACGUGGUAUUCAUGUAACAGCAUACAGUCCGUUGGGAAGCAGUGGAAGCCCUCUUCUCAAAUUGCCUGUAAUUCAAGGCAUAGCGGAACGCAAGGGGGUCUCUCCUUCAACAAUUUUGCUCUCAUGGCAUGUCAAUUCCGGACGAUCUGUCCUGGCAAAGUCGGUUACCCCAAGUCGCAUCGCAGAGAAUCAAAAUUUGGUGGCACUAAACGAAACCGACCUCAAGGAAAUUGGUAUAUUUAUCAAAUCUCUUGCCACCGAUAAGGGAUUCACUCGAUAUGUGUAUCCUGCAUUUGGUGUUGAUUUUGGAUUUCCCGAUAAGGCUUGA